AUGUCCAAGAAAGGGCGAAAUAAGGGCGAGAAGCCCGAAGCACUCAUCGUCGCCCUUCAAGCUGCCAAUGAAGACCUCAGAACCAAGCUCACCGACAUCCAGAUAGAGCUGCAUCAGGAGAAGUCCAAGGUGUCUAAGCUUGAGCGAGAGAAGACUCAAGAAGCAAAGAGGAUCCGUGAGCUGGAGCAGCGCAAGCACACGGUCCUGGUGACGGAACUCAAAGCCAAGCUCCACGAGGAGAAGAUGAAGGAGCUGCAGGCCGUGCGGGAGAAUCUCAUCAAGCAGCACGAGCAAGAAAUGUCAAGGACAGUGAAGCUGCGGGAUGGGGAGAUCCAGAGGCUCAAGUCGGCCCUGUGUGCUCUCCGGGACGGCAGCAGCGACAAAGUACGGACAGCGCUCACCAUCGAGGCCCGGGAGGAGGCCCGGAAACUGUUUGACGCGGAGCGCCUUAAGCUCCUACAGGAAAUUGCGGACCUGAAAACUGCCAAGAAGCAGGUGGACGAGGCUCUCAGCAAUAUGAUCCAAGCGGAUAAAAUAAAGGCUGGGGACCUAAGGAGCGAGCAUCAGUCCCACCAGGAAGCCAUCUCGAAGAUCAAGUGGGAGUCAGAGCGGGAUAUUCGGAGGCUGAUGGAUGAGAUUAAAGCCAAGGACAGGAUCAUCUUUUCCCUGGAAAAGGAACUGGAGACCCAAACCGGCUAUGUACAGAAACUGCAGCUGCAGAAGGAGGCUUUGGAUGAACAGCUCUUUCUGGUCAAGGAGGCCGAGUGCAACAUGAACAGUCCAAAACGAGAGAUUCCGGGAAGAGCAGGAGACGGCUCUGAGCACUGCGGCAGUCCUAGUCUAGAAGAAAUGGAUUUGAGAAGAAAUCAAAAGAGAAUAGCUGAAUUGAAUGCCACCAUAAGAAAAUUAGAAGACAGGAAUACCUUGCUUGGAGAUGAACGAAAUGAACUGUUAAAACGUGUGCGAGAAACCGAAAAGCAAUGUAAACCUCUUCUGGAAAGGAACAAGUGCCUCGCCAAGAGAAACGAUGAACUGAUGGUGUCUUUGCAGCGCAUGGAAGAGAAGCUAAAAGCUGUGACAAAGGAAAAUUCAGAAAUGAGAGAAAAAAUAACAUCCCAUCCACCCUUGAAGAAAUUAAAAUCACUGAAUGACCUCGAUCAAGCUAAUGAAGAACAAGAGACAGAGUUUUUAAAACUUCAAGUCAUUGAGCAGCAGAACAUCAUUGAUGAGCUCACAAGGGACCGAGAAAAGCUCAUCCGUAGGAGAAAACAUAGAAGAAGUUCCAAGCCAAUUAAGAGGCCUGUUUUGGACCCAUUUAUUGGCUACGAUGAGGACUCCAUGGAUUCAGAGACGUCAUCUAUGGCAUCAUUUAGAACAGACCGAACACCAGCUACUCCUGAUGACGACUUGGAUGAAAGUUUAGCGGCUGAAGAAUCGGAGCUACGCUUUCGACAAUUAACAAAAGAAUACCAGGCCCUUCAGAGAGCAUAUGCCCUCCUACAGGAGCAGACUGGAGGCAUCAUCGAUGCUGAAAGAGAAGCCAAGGCUCAGGAACAGCUUCAAGCAGAGGUGCUAAGGUAUAAAGCCAAAAUUGAAGAUCUGGAAGCGACUCUGGCUCAAAAAGGGCAGGAUUCACACUGGGUAGAAGAUAAACAACUUUUCAUUAAGAGAAACCAGGAGCUUUUAGAAAAGAUAGAAAAACAGGAGGCAGAAAAUCACCGGUUGCAACAAGAACUACAGGAUGCCCGAGACCAGAAUGAGCUGCUGGAGUUUCGAAACCUAGAGCUAGAAGAAAGAGAGAGACGAUCCCCUCCAUUUAAUCUACAAAUUCACCCAUUCUCAGAUGGUGUGAGUGCUCUACAGAUCUACUGUAUGAAAGAAGGUGUCAAGGAUGUGAACAUCCCUGAUCUCAUAAAGCAGCUUGAUAUCUUGGGUGAUAAUGGGAACUUAAGAAAUGAAGAACAAGUGGCCAUAAUUCAGGCCAGCACUGUGCUGUCCCUGGCAGAAAAGUGGAUCCAGCAAAUCGAAGGAGCGGAGGCUGCCCUGCACCAGAAAAUGAUGGAAUUGGAAAGUGACAUGGAACAAUUCUGCAAAAUAAAAGGCUAUUUGGAAGAAGAACUAGAUUACAGAAAACAAGCUCUCGACCAAGCAUAUAUGAGAAUCCAGGAACUAGAAGCUACUUUGUACAAUGCUCUGCAGCAAGAAACCGUUAUCAAGUUUGGUGAAUUAUUAAGUGAAAAACAGCAAGAAGAGCUGAGAACAGCGGUAGAAAAGUUACGGCGGCAGAUGCUGAGGAAGAGCAGAGAGUAUGACUGUCAGAUUCUUCAGGAGCGAAUGGAGCUCUUACAGCAAGCCCAUCAGAGAAUUCGUGACUUAGAAGAUAAAACAGACAUCCAGAAAAGACAGAUAAAGGACUUAGAAGAAAAGUUUCUGUUUCUAUUCUUGUUCUUCUCUCUUGCCUUUAUUCUAUGGCCUUGA